CGCGCGCCCCCCCCGCACGCCGCCCGCCGCUCUCCCAGCGAUCGCUUCUUCGCGCUCGCUCUCCGCUCCCACUCGCGCGCUCUCGAUGCGCGGCGUCGCGACCCGAGCAGUCCCCGUCGCUUCGUUCGCGACCUCUCUUCAUCAAAGUCGCCGAUCGAUCGUCGCGCGAUCUGCCGUCCGCCGGGCGCCUCGCUCUUCGCCGCCGUCGUCGUCGUCGUCGUCGUCGUCGUCGUCGUCGUCCAUCUCGCGAAGAAAAUCGAUCAUGGCGCCCGCGCCGAAGACAUCCUCCGAGCCUCAGGCCUCCGCCUCCGACGACGUCGUCUGCCGCUCCGUCGCGGACGCGGAGGCGAAGCGCGCGCCGCUCAUCACGCUCGAGGGCGGACGUACCAUCGCCUACGUCCGGUGCGAGUGCAGCAAGUGCCAAGGCCUCGUGAUGUGCGGGGACAAGCAGCUCUUACCGACCGCGGUGACGCCGUCGCACUACGACCUCGCGCUAACGCCCAACCUCGAGACGUUUCAGUACGACGGCGUCGUGACCGUGAAGCUGACGGUGCGCGAGCCGUGCGCGGCCGUCACGUUCCACGCGAAGGACCUGAAGAUCUCGUCGGGCGUCGUCGUCGACGCGAGCGGCGCGGAGCGCACCAACCCGGGCGGCCCGGACAUCUUAUACGGCGACGAGAAGCAAGAGACCGCGACGGUCGCGCUCUCGAAGCCUCUGCUCGCGUCGGACGUCGGGUCCGAGAUCACGCUGACGCUCGCGUUCUCGGGCGAGCUCAACGAUAAGGCGUGUUCUAUACACUGGUUCCCAUACGACCGCCUCGCCGGGUUUUACCGCAGCGCGUAUCCGGCGCCGGACGGGAGCGGCGAGACGCGGCAUCUCGCGGUGACGCAGUUCGAGCCCACGGACGCGCGACGGUGCUUCCCGUGUUGGGACGAGCCGUCGCUGAAGGCGACGUUCGGGAUGACGCUCACGGUCGCGGACGAUCGCGUCGCGUUGUCGAACAUGCCGGAGAAAAGCGUGACGAGGGACGCGGAGGCUAAGACGAAGACCGUGACGUUCGAGACGACGCCGGUGAUGUCUACGUACCUCCUCGCGUUCUGCGUCGGCGAAUUCGACCACAUCGAGGCCACGACCCCGGAGGGUGUCGUCGUCCGGUGCUGGACCCCGGUCGGAAAGUCCGAGCAAGGGCGGUUCGCGUUGGACACCGCCGUCGGAUCGCUUUCAUUUUUCGGCGAAUACUUUGACAACGCGUACCCGCUCCCGAAGAUGGACAUGGUCGCCGUGCCGGACUUCAGCGCGGGCGCGAUGGAGAACUGGGGGCUCGUCGUCUACCGCGCGUCGCUGAUGCUGUUCGAGGAGGGCAAGACCCCGAUCAACGCGAAACAGAGGAUCGGGUACGUCGUCGGCCACGAGCUCGCGCAUCAGUGGUUCGGUAACCUCGUCACGAUGCAGUGGUGGUCGCAGUUGUGGCUGAACGAGGGGUUCGCGACGUGGGUCGGCUGGCGCGCGAUGGACCACCUCUACCCGGAGUGGAAGGUCUGGUCGCAGUUCCUGUGCAACGAGCAAGGCAUGGGGCUCGGGCUGGACUCGCUCCGAUCGUCGCAUCCGGUGGAGGUGCCGAUCGAGUCCGCGUCGCAGGUGAACGAGAUCUUCGACGCCAUCUCUUACAGUAAAGGCUCGUGCGUCAUUCGCAUGCUCGAAUCGCAUCUCGGGGAGGAAACGUUCCGCGCCGGGAUGCGAAUAUACGUCGCGCGGCACCAGUACGCGAACGCGGGGACGACGGACCUGUGGGCGGCGCUGUCCGAGGCGUCGGGCGAGGACGUCAGAGGACUGAUGGAGUGCUGGACGUCGCAGACGGGCUAUCCCAUUCUCUCCGUCGCGUCCAAAGACGACGGGUCCUCGGUCGUCGUCUCGCAGCGUCGGUACCUCGCCUCCGGGCCGGACUCGCUCACGCCGGAAGAGAGCGGCGCGACGUGGAAGGUCCCGCUCCGCGCGGAGGGGUUCGCGACCGUCCCGGGCGUUCUCGACGCCGCGACCGGCGCGUUCGACGUCGCCGCCGCCGACCGCGAGAAGCCGCUCAAGCUAAACGUCGGACAGAGCGGUUUUUACCGCGUCGUGUACGACGAAAACGCGCGCGCGAGGCUCAUGCGCGCGCUGCCCGGGAUGUCCGAGGUGGACCGCGUCGGCCUCGUCUCCGACGCGUUCGCGUGCGGCGCCGCGGGGUACGCGAAGACGACCGCCGCGCUCGAGCUCGCGCGCGCGUACGCGGACGCCGGGGAGGAGUCGUACGUCGUGUGGAACGAGAUCGCGAGCGGGCUCGGCGGGAUAACCUCCGCGUUCUUCGAGCAGCCCGACGACGUGUGCGACGCCCUCCGCGCGUACGGCGCGUCGCUGUUCGCGCCGUUGGUGGCCAAGCUCGGAUGGGUCGCCCCCGGCGGCGAGGCGACCGCGCCGGGGGGGUACCAGACGUCGAUGCUGCGGCAGCUCGCGGUGUCUCGCGCGCUGGCGUACGAGCACCCGGCUUCGGUCGCGGCGGCGCGCGAGCUGUUCGACGCGUACGUCGGCGGCGACAGAGAGGCGAUCCCCGCGGACAUCAAGGGCGCGGUGUUCGCGUCCGCGCUGCGCCACGGCGGCGAGAGAGAGCUCGACGAGCUUAAACGGCUGUAUAAGGAGGCGGAGAGCUCUCUGGAGGAGUCGCUUCUUCUCGGCGCGAUGGGCGCGUCGAAGGAUCCCGCGUUGAUAUCGCGCGUCCUCGAGUUUAACAUGACGGACGCGGUGCGUAAACAAGACGGCGCGGCCAUCAUCGGCGCCUCCGCGGGCACGCGCGCCGGUCGCAGAGUCACGUGGGACUGGGUGCGCGCCAACUGGGACGCCGUCGACGCGAAGUUCGGCGGCGGCGGCGUGAGCAGCGGGCUGACGCGCGUCAUAGGCGCGAGCUGCGGGGGUCUCGCGUCAGAGGAGGACGCGGCGGCGAUCGAGGCGUUUUACCUCCCGAAGAAGAUCGACGGCGCGGAGCGGACGGUGACGCAGGCCGCGGAGGCGGUGCGCGCGAAGAGCGCGCGGUUGGCGCGCGAUGCGGACGUCGUCGGCGCGUGGGUCGUCGCCGCCGCCGCCGCCGCCGAAGAGAAGUGAUGAUUGAAUUUGCGUUUCGUGAUGACAGCUGUACAGUAACAACUGCUCAGCAUCAGC